AUGACUCAUCUUAGUGACUACAGCUUUUUGCAACGAGCGGUUUCGUUGACGUAUCUUUAUUUAUGGUUUACAUAUCGAAUCUACACCUUGGAUGGUUUUCAAUGUUUGCAUCCAAAGCGAUUCAAGCAAGGCGAAUUAAAGAGUAUAGCAACGUUAUUACUAUUAUUCAUGAUACCGUUUCAGCUGCUAUACGAUUUGACAUCCUGCAAGAUCAAAUAUGAGGAAGGAUUUGCAAACAUCUUUGGUCACAUUUUCACAAAGCCAGAGACCAUGUGGACCAAAGCUGAUCAGGACCUGGUUAUCCCCACAGAUUAUAGUUUGUGCGUUGGAUUAUCAUUGCAGUGUGGUACGCUGCUCCUUUUACAAUGUUUCUGGAACUACCUCGCCAAUUCGGUGGCCAAGGCCAGUUUCAUGAGUAGUCGCGAGUUCUUUUUCUAUAUCGGCUGGUCCAUUGCAAGUGUCGUCAUGUACCCCGUACUGCAAUACAACUUCUCCCGAGACAUUUAUGAUCCCACUUGGAAGGAGAUUAUGCCUGAGCUUUUAUUUGGCAUCGAACUUUUCAUUGUUGCCAUGCUUGGUUUUGUGUCGCAUUUCCGUUUCCGCAAACUGCUCGAGAAUUCACGUGAAUCCACCAAUGCCAAAUCCAUCAUGCAUAAGAUUCGCUAUUUUCAGGAAUUAAACUUGAUCCUUACCGUUGUGCUUAUGAUUGAUGCAUUGUCAUUUAUCAUUCUCAGCGCUGAUGGUCUUACAGGCCGCAAGUAUCUUAACAUGCACAAGUUCACUGCCGAUUUCAUGAUUUGCAAUAUCAAUGUCACCUCCAUGAUUGUGUGGUUCAUUGUUGUCCUUAUUUUGCAUCCCAAGCCUCUUACAAACCAAAACACGGCACCCCAAAUCCAACAACCUGGCCACGACUUUUUGUCGUCUGGCAAGCCAGGUGAUGGCUAUACAGGUGCCCCCUCUACCAUUAUGACUCAACCAUCACAAGCUUCAAGUGACUAUUUGAAUUACACUGGCCCUAUUAAUUACAAUACUACAUUCCAACGACCCGCUACAGGAACCGAAGACAACCAUAUUAGCCAUUCAUCCACCCCAUCUACAGCAACGUUGGUAUCCCAUCAUUAUUCAGUACGCCGUAACAAGGAUCCUCAUGUGGCCGUAUCCUUGCCUGAUGCUGAAUGGAAUGGCGGCAAGGAUAGCUCACCACGUCAAACAUCCAAUGACUCAAUGUGGUUGCAACAAACACCUCGAAGUGGAAAUCGUUAA